AUGCCAGCUCAAACUUCAGCUCAAAUACAAGUUCAACAGGUACAAGAUUUGAUCAAUCAAAGUCGAACUCCUCCGGCUUUACUGAGGAUUUUCUCUUUUAAUGUAAAUUCACACGCUCGAAAUUUAUGGAGAACAAAUAAUAACAGAUACAUUACUGGCUAUGGUUUGCUCCGAACAAAAAUUAAGGAAGAAGGUCUUUUAAUAAACGUAACAGAUGGAUUUGUUAUCGGCAAAUCCACAGAUAUAAUAUGGGGAGGUUUCACUCCAACUGAAAGAAAUGUGUUCAUUAAUUAUGCAAGUCAAAUUCGAGCUGCUGUCAGAAAUUGA